AUGAACACGGAAACACAAAUUACCGUUAAUAAAGCUUCUGAAGUCAAUGAAAUUUUACCUAGUUUUGAAAAUUCUGAAGUCGGCAAUACUUUUUCUAGCUCUGAGAGUUCCGAUUAUGUCUUUAAUAAGGAGUUUUCUGGUUCCGCCGGUGGUUUUUGGUUUCCUGGUUCUGGUCCCAGGUUGUCUAAUUAUGUCUUUGAGGAAUUGCCUGAUUUUAUGAGUUCCAGGUCUAUGAAUGUUGUGGUUGGCUCUGUGCAUUUAGGGUUAUCUAGUUUCGAAGAUCCUGGGCUUAAAGACGUUGUGAAUAAUUUUGCGCAUUUAGAAUUGUCUGGUUCAGAUUUCAGGCUUAAUAAUUCUUUGGCUAAUUCUGUACAUUCAGGAUUGCCUAGCUUGGAUUCUGGGCCUAAUGAUACUUUGACUAAUUCCAUUAAUUUAGAAUUAUCUGAUAUGAAUUCUGAGUCCUUCGAAGAACUUUUGCUUAGAACAGUUGAUAAUCAUGAAAAUAAGACGAUUCAUCAUAGCUCAACAAAGUUAAUACUAAAGGUGGGGGACUGUUUUACUGAUUGGGAUGCUGUACAAUGUGCAGUAGAUAUAUAUUCAAAGCAACACGGUUUUAUAGCCGUUAAGUUUCAUAAAGAUCUUGAUGCAGUAGACAAAUCUAUCAUUCGACAUCGUGAUUAUGUUUGUUGGAAAGCUGGCAUGAAUAAAGCAAAAAAGUGGAGGACUAUUACUAGCUUGAAAAAUAAACACGAUCAUCUAUGUGAUCCAGAAACCAUCGAAUUAUCACCAAAACAUUCACAGUUUCCACAAUCUAUGUUGGAUAAAAUUAGAGACUAUAUUAUUGUUGGUCGGUUAAGUGCCGGACAACAGUAUGAUCUUCUUACAAAGGAAUUUCCUGACCAAUACAUUAAGGAAAAAAAUUUAUACAAUGCCAUUGGCAAAUUUAGAGGUGUGAGAAUUCAUGAUCAAUCUGAUGCGGCUGCAAUGUUAUCAUACCUUCUAAGCAGAGAGAUCAAGACGUCAAAACUUCGUGGUGAUAUGGUUAAUAAUUUUAUUAAUAAAUUUUAUCAUCUGAGAAAUAGUCACACUCAAGAAGAAUUUGAAUCCUGGGCAAAGUAUGCCACUUCAAAAAUGUUUACAGCUGGUGUCGAAUCGACACAACGUGUUGAAUCUAUAAAUAGUGUACUCAAAAAACACCUUGAUCAGAGUAUUCUGUUGAAAGAGUUGGUAAAAACACUUGAACAAGAGUUAGAAAAAGAGUCUCACUAUACAUGUAUUAGAAAUUAUUAUGGAUCAAAUCCAUCAACCGGCCUUCCUUCAACUUAUAAAACUAUUUUUAAAGAUAUCGAUUCGGUAUUAAUGAAUCACUUGGCACCUACACCACUAUCGCUUCAGCGAGCUCAAAUGAAUCAAGCUUUGUUGUAUCAAGGGGCGUUAAUUACAAAUGAACAAAUUAAGGAAUACGAUAUUGAGGCUGAUAGUACAAUCGAACAUCUGUAUGAUGUGCCUCAAAUCCGAUUACAAGAGCUUCUAUUAGGUGUACCGAAUAAUGAAGUACAAGAAACUUGGGAGGAAUACCGUGCCGUCACCAAUACCGGGUUUUAA